AUUAAGAUUAAUGAAAAUUAUUUAUUUGCACAAACAACAUUUUUUCAAAUAGCUUGUGAUCACCUAUAAUUACUAACUAGCGACUCCAGCUAAUUAAUUAAUUAACUAAUCUCUGUGUUUGAGUCUUAAUAUGUGAAAACAAACAGACUAGAGUCUAAUAACUGACUAACACAAUUAGUACUUGAACAGAAUGUUCACGUGGAGGACCUUUAAACAACUUUAAAGGUUAGGUUAGUUUUAUCUCCUUCUGUCUCUGCUGCAGUCAAUUCUUCCUGCAGGGUUGGGAUUGAUUUUCAGCACUGGACAGCUCCCGUGGCCUGGAUGAAACAAAUACGUCACCGCCGCUGCUUUGUUUUCAAACUGCCCCGUCAUAACUUCUGGUUGUAAGUUUGACACUUCCUGCAAGGAUAAAUGUGCAAAGACAGAAAACAUAUGGCUCCUAAUUGACAUUUUAUUUUUUUUUGUUUUUGUAUCUUAUAACACAACCAGUUAAAUAAGUCAUUUACAAUGAAAAUCUUCGUAUAGUAAAUAUAAGUAAUAUCAGUUUAACAUUCUCAGUGUAAUGAUAUCUGAUGUGUGCGUGUGUGCUUGUAGGAUGACAGAAGUCUUUCUUUUUACAAGCUGAAACCCCUAUUUUUGCUUCUCUGUGGGACUAGGACACAAUGUGCGUCCAGCUCUGCCUAGGCUGUUUCUUUAAAUAUUUGCCUCUAUGAGAUCAUCUCGUACAAACACCAUAUGAUAGAAGCAUAAUCCGAGAUCAUGACACGACAAGAUGUAAAUCACCAGAGAUUUUGCAUGAUCGUGCCUGGCUCUGUAAAUCUUCCACUUUUAGCAUAACAUUCCACCUGGUAGUAUCCGCUGACGUCAUAAUCUAAUCAACUUAAUCUGUAUUUUUUUCAAUACUAUGCCCACUCACACCUGUGAACUGCCUAGCUCCCAAUGCUUUCUUUCGUUCUUUCUGAUUAAUACUAACAAUCUUGUCUUUUCCCUCUCACAAGUUCUUUCACAUAACAAACUAUCACACACACAGGAUUCAGGCCCACAGUGAGCAGACAUGCAGAGCGGUUCCUAUGGAGAUGGUUAAUACACUGUGAUCACCCAUUAAUUAGUGCAGCUCUCCUUCAGGGCUCCUGUCAUUUGAGAAGCAUACAAAGGUGUAAACGGACAGUAGCUAUGCUGUUUAAUUUGCACAGCCGUUAACAUUUAUUGUGGCACAGUCGCACAAAAUGUUUGCAGUCAGUGUCAGUUUGACUACAAACAUCGUCUUGCAUUCAUUUUCAGUCACGGUAAAUGACGUAAACGCAAACAGAGCUGGCGAAGUGAGCACGCUGCUCAAGACAGCCAACAAACAAAUUAUGGGUUAGGCCUCAGAUGAGUCAUGGUCACGGCACCGUGGGAGAAAACAAUCCUGUCAACCACUAGUAGACGAUGCUCAGGGGCAGUUUAAUAUAUAUAAUUCUAGACUGGUAAAGCAAAUACUGUUAUUGAGAUGAAAACAGCACAACUUCAUAUUUUUGGUCCUGAACCCUGUGAAUGGUGAGUUUGCUCAGUUGUCAUGAUGAGUACUCUGUUGUCAUGACAUCCUCCAUUAUUUUUAGGACAUCCACUUCAAGCUGUGUAUGGAUUACAUUUCAAGAAAAACUUCAUAUGCCCCAUAGCUUGUGUUGAUGUCACCCGUUGUCAUAGCAACACUUUACUAUUAUACAGCAUUUACUGUAUGAAUAAUAAUGUUUUAACCAACUCAACACUCACUUAAAACGUUUCUACUAUAUGAAAAGUGGUGAUUACGCUUUAAUUAAAACAGUGCAGUCUCUCUAUUAGACAGCAGAUCUAUAAGACAUGUGAACCAUGUUGUCUUGUCCCCCCGCUGUGAGUUACUGAGCUGACGUAAUCAUGUGCCCUUUUGCAAUAAUCCAGUCAAAGCCGGCCAAUCAGCAGCCAGUUCGUAACAUCUGUCCACGGUGUUACAGGAGAAGAGCUCUGUACUCGGAACUGCACGCAGCCAACAACACGGCAGGCGAUCCCAUCAAAACCUGUGUUUAUAUGUGUAGCAUCUCUUUCCAUCAACUUAUUUACAUCAGUAAAGUCAUUCAAAUACAGUAAAGCAUACAGUACGCACUCAUGCCCUUUACGAUUGCAUGCUACCGGUUACGCAACAUGCUGCUUUCUGUCUCUCCUGGUUCCCGGCGUGCUGACAUAAUAAGUUCGGUGAAAUCAAGCUCCCACUUUGUCAUCAGGCCAAACGCUGGAUCAAUUGUUCCUCUGACAGUAGAUCACCACUGAUUCAUCUCUUUUUCAGACCUCCGUCCCAUUGGACGCCUGCAUGGUUUUCCACCCCCGGUUGGCCUGUGGGUCCUAAGGCCAACCACUAGCAAAGACCUAAUCGAUAAGCUUCUGUUACACAGACCCGUCUGGUCGGCUCUGUGCAUUAGAGAAAGUCCACUUCUCCUUUUUUAAUCUUGUGAAUGUUGUAGCCACGCUAGCAUCAUAGCUAACACAUGGUAGCGUCAGUCGCUCUGUAUUACAUUUUGUACCUAUAUGCUUUCUUAUCUUUCAUCCUUUGACCUUCUCAUAAGACCUUUGACAUUCGACAGGUUUGUGACUGCAGAUGAUUGUGUUGACCACUUUUUAUUGGCACUUUUUAUUUAUUCCAGCAAUUAACCAUGUCCCACAAUUCUUUCUGUCACCUUUGCCUUCUCCUUAUUGCAACAUUACACUUCAAAUCUCUGCAUCCUCUUUGUUUCUAUUUGCUUACAGAAAUGUGCCAUGAGAUGUCAAUGGUAACGGAUGCAAGACAGACCUGAUCUCCUACUGACUCCCUGUCCAGCAACAGUCCUUUAAUGGUUGGAACUGCCCGCCCCAAACUGUAUUACUGCCCCCGCAGACACAGCCUGAUGAUCACCGGUGCCAUGGGAGCGGUGCGAGUCAACAGAUACAGCAUCGUUUCCACUGACGAGGAUGCCCUGAAGAUUUCCAGCCUGGACCUCCACAACGGCCACAGUCCCCUGACCCAGCAGACGCUGUCGGGGGCUUGCAUGCUCGGCGAGGACGGCGGGGGCGGAGGAGGGGGCGAGUGUCCGGGGGGCGAGGAGGGCAGAGGGGCCCUGUCCCUGCGGCUGGCCGGCGAGCCGGCCGCCCACGCCGGCCGCCGCGCCUCGCCGGCGUGCCGCCUGGGCCUGGGCCUGGACGUGGGCACGGGCCGCCUGCGCAGCCGCUUCGUGAAGAAGAACGGCCAGUGCAACGUGGUGUUCAACAACAUGGAGGACAAGUCCCGCCGCUACCUGGCCGACAUUUUCACCACCUGCGUGGACAUACGCUGGCGCUACCUGCUGCUCAUCUUCACCACCACCUUCCUCCUGUCUUGGCUGUUGUUCGGCUUCAUCUUCUGGGGAGUGGCGCUCGCUCACGGCGACUUCGAGCUCCGCCUUCCAGCCAAGGGCGGGAGUCCUCCGAGCGCCGAGGACGGCCGUGACGAGUGGCGGCCAUGCAUUCUCCACAUCCAGGGUUUCAUCGGGGCCUUCCUCUUCUCCAUCGAGACCCAGACCACCAUCGGUUACGGCUUCCGCUGCGUCACGGAGGAGUGCCCGGUGGCCGUGGUCACCGUGGUGGUGCAGUCCAUCGUGGGCUGCAUCAUCGACGCCUUCAUGAUCGGCACCAUCAUGGCGAAGAUGGUGCGCCCCAAGAAGCGAGCGCAGACCCUGCUGUUCUCCCACAACGCCGUCGUGGCGCUGCGCGACGGGAAGCUGUGCCUGAUGUGGCGCCUGGGGAACAUGCGCAAGAGCCACAUAGUGGAGGCCCACGUGCGCGCUCAGCUUAUCAAGCCCAAGGUCACCGCGGAGGGGGAGUACCUUCCCCUGGAGCAGACGGACAUCGACGUGGGCUACGACGACGGGCUGGACCGCCUGUUCCUGGUGUCGCCGCUGGUGGUGGUCCACGAGAUCAACAAGCACAGCCCCCUGUACGACAUGAGCCGCAGCGACAUGCAGAAGGAGGACUUUGAGAUCGUGGUCAUCCUGGAGGGAAUGGUGGAGGCCACGGCCAUGACCACCCAGGCCCGGAGCUCCUACCUGGCCAAGGAGAUAUUAUGGGGCCAGCGCUUCGAGCCGGUGGUCUUUGAGCGGGGCGACCGCUACGACGUGGACUACUCCCGCUUCCACAAGACCUACAAGGUGCCGUCCACGCCCCACUGCAGCGCCAGGCAGCUGAGCCAGGCCAUGGGCGGCGGCGGGCGGUCCUCGUCGUCCAGCUCCGGCUGCUCCCAGUCCCCGUCGCCCUUCGCCCCCAGGGCCGCCCGCCACCUGCUGGGCCCCCACUCCCCCAGCGCCUUCUGCUACGAGAACGAGGUGGCGCUGUGCUGCGGGGACGACCAGGAGGACGAGGAGCGCGCCGAGAGGGAGACGGGCACCUGGAGCGCGAGGAGCGACAGGGACGCGAAGACGAGAGACGAGAUUCAUCUGGGCUUCAAGGAGACAUUUGUGGAGAAACAGACGGUGGAGAUGCUGUGUGUUCUGGACACGGACAAUCAGAUUAGCCUCGACAGACUACAGCCGGCUCUGCCUUUAUACAUCAGCAGAGAGUCAGGGGUUUAACCGGUAAUGGCUUCCUUCUGUGUGCAUCCGAGCAGGAGAUUACAGUGGAGUCAGAAAUUCAGGACGGAGGACACGGCUGGAACCCACAAACCCCACGCAGCUUCAGCCCGUACAUGUAGCUCCGCCUGCUUGCAGGCUCUGUCCACCACAUCAUCAUCUGGAAAACAGACAGCGCGUGUCCUUCAAACAUGUUAACGGGGGAUUCUCUCCAAUUAUGGAGCAGCUCAAAACUUUACUGCAUCUCGUUUAAAUAUAUAUGACCUGUGUUAAGUUUGAGUCUUUUGUUCUGGAUUUUCAUUCUCUGUAGCUACAGUUUUUAAUUUUGAACCGACUUUACUGCAAACACAGUCACAUGUGACGUGAAAAUACUUUAAAUCGAGCAUGACACAAACCCUUAACUUAAUCACUGCUGUAUUUUGUCUUCCUGCCUGAGUUCUGUUACUUACACAUUUGAUAAAGAAGAUUUGUAUUGGGUUUUCUUUUCAAGCUUUAUCAGACAAGUUCAAAUUCAGUAAUUGAAUCCUGACCCAAGGACACAGUAUUCAACUGUUAGAACAAGCACUUUAUUCUUGUAUCAAAUGAUAAACACUUGUGUUGUUUUCUAUGAACAAAUCACCUAAUAAAAGCAGUAUUUGCUGUGGCGCCAUU